CCAAUGCUUUGUGAUUUUCUCGCUUCCACUUUUCGCUUUCUCAAAUUUGCAGUUUUUCUUUUUCUUUCAUUUCUUUCGUACCAUCUCAACACAUUUCUUAGUCACAUUUUAUCUAAUAAUCAACCAUGGAGGAUGCCAAAAUCGUUAUCAAGAGCGUCGACAUGAACGAGGCCAUGCAGCUUGAGGUCUCUGAAAUUGCCAAGCAGGCGUUCACCGAGUCCGUAGCAGAGAAGGAUAUUGCGGCAAGCAUCAAGCGCGAGUGCGACAAGAAGUUUGGCCCUACCUGGCAUGUUGUUGUCGGUCGCAACUUUGGCUCGUACGUGACCCACGAAACCGGAUACUUCAUCUACUUCUACUAUGGACACUUGGCUGUCUUGCUGUUCAAGUCUGGUUAAACUGUUCUCAUGGAAAAAAUCGAAGGACACCUUUUUUAUGACGCUUUUUUAAAAUCAAUAAUAAAACUUUUGUUUGUUUGUUUUUUGUUGUUCUGCGGGGUUCUACUGGUAAAUUUAUUUUCCUUUUGCGCCUUUUGAUU